AUGCUCGCGGCAAACCGUGCGCUUAGAUUCCCGACGAGCAAGGUUGGCUCUGUCUCGCCCGCGGCCACUGCUCUGCUCUGCUCUGCUCUGCACCGCACUGCACCGCACCGCUGCUGCAAGGUCAGCACCCCGAACAAGGACCCAGGAAAGGACGGAACAGUCCGCAAGCGGCCUUGGAUUACGGAGUACAGUACUGCGGAAUUCUCGAAGCCGCUCAGUCGACACACAGAUGUGCGUCUCACCCCUCCAGCGCCCAAUUCCCAGUGCACGCAAUCACUGUUGCGCCGAUACCACCCUCGUGAGGCACAUAACCCCAUCGCCUCAGGUCUGAGAGGCUGGAGGAGUUCUCGACCAGGGCAAAGGUGGGGAGAAGCCUAG